AUGUUCGGCCGGACCCUGGGUGCGCCGAUCGAAUGGGAGGGCUGGAUGUGGGUUGGGUUGAUUCAGGAGGAAAGGGUAGUAUCUGGUGAGGGGUCUGAGGGUUGCCCGUUCGGAGUGUUUGACGGAGAUCCCGUUAGGGGUUUGAGGGGUAGUCAAGUUACGAUUGACAUGGAUUUGAAGUCCGGUCUGGUAUGGGGAGCUGUUGAUCUUGGUGAUCGGAUAUACGGCGAUACAGAGUAG